GACGCCGGGGGCGGAGUCUAAAUCGAGGUCGCAGUUUGAGCUCGCUGAUUGGCUGACGGGCCAGCGCGGAGAGUACCGGGGAGGAACCGUUCACUACUGUGUCAACUCGUCUGAAUCCCGUCCCCAUUGAGGAAUGCCGGAGCUUUAACUUGAGUGUUUUAUCCACUGCUCGGGUUUUUAUUUUUACUCGACACCGGGGACAACCGGAGGAGAUUUUUAACCCGGCAAAACAGACUCCUGAGGCAUCAACUCCAUCAUUCCUGAGCUAGAGCCGUACGUUUCAUGGCGUCACCAUGUGGAAGAUAACUUAACCUCCCGUCUCUGCCUGCUCCAUGUCUGAGGACAGCGAUCCCAACCACUACCUGUACUCGCGUGAAAUGAACCGGGAAAGGGUCUGCUUCCAGGUGGAGGAGGAGGAAGAGGAAGGCUCUCCCUGCGGCGCCAUCAGCCAGCUUCACCGCUACACCAAGGCUUGUGGCGGGCGGGACGGCGUGGAGCUAGAAGCCCAGCUAGGAUUGGCCUCCGAGGGCAGCGACAGCAGCCACGAGCACCCGGCCUCUCCGGGCUCGCCGCACGAUGACAGGAAGCGGCCGCGCCCACCUUUACACGAGGAUGUGGAGAUGGGCGGCAGCGGCUCCAGCGGGAGCGGGACGGAAUCCCACGGCAACGAGUCGCACGGCAACGAGUCCCACGGCAACGAAUCGGUGGGCAGCUCGAACGGCAACGGCAAAGAUUCGGCUCUGAUGGAGUCUUCAGGGAGCAACAAGAGCUCAAACUCUCACAGCCCCUCGCCGCCCAGCAGCUCCAACGCCUUCAGCCUGGUGAGCUCCGAGCAGGACAACCCUUCAACCAGCGGCUGCAGCAGCGAACAGUCGGCCAAGGCUAAGACACAGAAAGAGCUCUUCAAAACCCUCAAGGAGCUGAAGAUGCACCUGCCGUCGGAAAAGAGGAGCAAGGGCAAGUCCAGCACGGUCAACACGCUCAAAUACGCCCUGAGAUGUGUCAAGCAGGUGAAAGCCAACGAGGAAUACUACCAGAUGCUGAUGAUUAAUGACAGUCAGCCCACAGGCAUCGAUGUCUCAUCCUAUACCAUCGAAGAAAUCAACAGCAUCACCUCUGAAUAUACCCUCAAAAACAAUGAUAUUUUCGCUGUAGCCGUCUCGCUCAUCACGGGGAAAAUCGUUUACAUCUCGGACCAGGCGGCGUCCAUCCUGAACUGCAAGCGAGAAGUGUUUGACAACGCCAAGUUCGUGGAGUUCCUGACGCCGCAGGACGUCAGCGUGUUCUACAGCUUCACCACGCCCUACCGCCUGCCCUCAUGGAGCAUGUGCACCGGAGCAGAGUCGUCUCCCACGGAGUGCAUGCAGGAGAAGUCCUUCUUUUGCCGCAUCAGUGGUGGUAAGGAACGUGAAGGAAACCUGCAGUACUAUCCUUUCCGUAUGACUCCGUACCGGAUGAAAGUGCAGGAUGCUGAGCUGGCUGAGGAGCAGUUCUGCUGCCUGCUGCUGGCUGAGAGGGUGCACUCUGGAUACGAAGCACCCAGAAUCCCCACUGACAAGCGAAUCUUCACCACCACACACACACCGAACUGUGUGUUCCAGGAUGUGGAUGAGAGGGCCGUCCCUCUGUUGGGUUACCUCCCUCAGGAUCUGAUCGGGACGCCUGUGCUGCUCAACAUGCACCCCAGUGACCGACCCUUGAUGUUGGCCGUGCAUCGAAAGAUUCUGCAGUACGCUGGGCAGCCAUUCGAUCACUCCUCGAUCCGUUUCUGUGCCAGAAAUGGAGAAUAUGUCACCAUCGACACCAGCUGGUCCAGCUUCGUCAACCCCUGGAGCCGCAAGGUCUCCUUUGUCAUCGGCAGACACAAAGUGCGCAUGGGUCCUGUGAAUGAAGAUGUUUUUGCAGCACCAGCUUUCCACGGAGGAAAGAUCAUGGACUCAGACAUCCAGGAAAUCAGUGAACAGAUACACAGGCUGCUACUCCAGCCGGUCCACAACAUGGGCUCCAGCGGUUACGGUAGCCAUGGCAGCAACGGCUCCCACGAGCAGCUGGUGAGCAUCAGCUCGUCCAGCGAAGGCGGGAACGGGAACGGGAACGCCGUGGUCGGGAACACCGUGGAGGAGACGAACAAGGCCAAGCCUCCCAGGACGUUCCAGGAGAUCUGUAAAGGGGUCCACAUGCUGAAGAACCAGGAGGUCGGCCUGCGCUCCCCGCCCCUCUCACCCACGCCAUCGCCGUCCAAGCCUGAGCAGAAGAAGACCAACGACGCAGCAGUGGCAGCUCAGAAGAGUCCAACAGUGCGCCUGAAGGACUCGGCGCUCCCUCUGCAGCUGAGAGACGGUACUGCAGCCUGCAUAGACGACUUCACCUGCAAAGACCAGACCGUCUGCUCCUACCAGCAGAUCAGCUGCCUGGACAGCGUCAUCAGGUACCUGGAGAGUUGUAACAUUCCAAUCACAGCAAAGAGGAAGUACCAGUUUUCCAACAACACUACCUCCUCCAACUCGGACGACGACAAGAAGGGCUCAGAGGAGGACAUGCAAGUGCCUCAGGACGCAAACCCAGACCCUUUGAUGCUAGAUGCCCAGCCAAGCUUGUCAAACAUGAAAGCACCUAAGAAGCCUUCAUCUGGGGCAGCUGCUGUGGUGGGAGGCCCCCUGGCCCCCCUCACCCUGCCCAGCAAGGCUGAGAGCGUCGUGUCCAUCACGUCCCAGUGCAGCUACAGCAGCACCAUCGUCCACGUGGGAGACAAGAAGCCUCAGCCAGAGUCUGAGAUUAUCGAGGAUGUAGCGGGCAGCCCCGCGCCGCCGGCUCUGCCCGCCAGCGUGGUGUCUCCGCCCAGCCAGGAGAAGGAGCCGUACAAGCGGCUGGGACUGACCAAACAGGUUCUGGCUGCACACACACAGAAAGAAGAGCAGGCCUUCCUCCACCGCUGCAGAGAGCUCCGCACCGCCAGGACCUUCCAGAAGGACUGUUUCACCUAUUUGCACAAGCAGGGAGGUCCAGCUAACACUCAAGAAUCAUCUGGACUGCGAGGUGCAGCCAAACAAGGCGCCCAAAGGCCCGAGACCACUGCCAAGAAGGGCAACCGCAACAGGAAGUCCAAGAAACCCCGAAUGAAGCAUCCUGAUUCAUCAGACAGCGCCGUAUCAAACCGCAAACCCCGGCCCCCUCUCCAGGGUCUCAACCAGACCUCCUGGUCUCCGUCAGAAGCGUCCCAGUCGGCUUUCAACGUCUCCUACCCAACCAUGGUGCCUGCCUACCCCCUCUACCCCCCUGCACCUGCAGCUCCAGCCCAGACCACCUGCCCCGACCCCUCCCUCUCCACAGGCUUUGGGGAGGGGCAGAGCAGCCAAGCUCCACCUGCUGCUGCUCCGUUUGGUGCAACCAUUGUUACACCUGUGGUGGCUCUGGUGCUCCCCAAUUACCUCUUUCCCCAAAUGGGACAGUUGGGUCAGAUGGGGCAGCUGGGGGCUGCUCCCAGACCAGCGUUUUUCCCCGAGCAGACCCCGACUCAACCUGCAUAUAACCCCCAGCAGCCCUUUCAGCCCCCGCAGCCAGCAUACGCCAUGCAAACACAACCGUCCUACACGGGCCAGCAGCCGUUCCCUGUGCAGACCGCCUUUAACCCCCAGCAGCCAUUCCAGACCGCACAGCCCCCCUUUACUACCCCACAGCCUUUCCAGACCUCUCAGACCCCCUUUACUACCCCACAGCCUUUCCAGACCGCACAGCCCCCCUUUACUACCCCACAGCCUUUCCAGACUGCACAGCCCCCCUUUUCUACCCAGCAACCGUUCCCGGCCCCUCAGACUGCCUAUACUACUGCGCAGCCCUUUGCUGCCCAGCCUUCUUUCCCAGUACAGACUCAGUUUGUGGCUCAGGCCCCAUAUCCAGCUCAGCCUUUCCCCUAUAGCCUAGCUACCGAGCCCCCCAAAACCAUGGCGGUGGAGCCCAGAGAGGGGGCGGCGUCGCGCUCCUCCACCCCGGCCUCAGGGACCAGGGAGCCCGCUACAUCACCGCCACUGUUUGAGUCCCGCUGCAGCUCGCCCCUGCAGCUCAACCUGCUGAGCAUGGAGGAGGGACAGCGCUCAGUGGAACGGCAGGACAGCACGCUGUUACUCGGCCUGGGUAACAUUACAGCAGCAGCAGCAGCCGGGGCAGCAGGGGAGAAGAACGCAGGAACAGCCAAGACUGAGAACCACCAACAGGUGGAGUCCCCGGGAGAUGGAGCUCACAGUGACGGUAACUCCUCCUGCUGCGACUUUCUGGACAUCCUUCUGCAGGAGGACUCCCAUUCUGGGACUGGAUCAGCCACUUCUGGCUCCAUGGGUUCAGGAUCCGGCUCUGGCUCGGGUUCAGGAUCCGGCUCCGGGUCCGGCUCAGGCUGCAAUGGCUGUGGUACAUCAGCUAGUGGAGCUUCUGGCAGCAGAACAGGGAGCAGCAACACUAGCAAAUACUUCGGCAGCAUUGAUUCUCUGGAACACGACCCCAAGGCCAAAGCCAAGACGAGAGACAAAGGAAGCUCUGAUGGCUGCCAGUCGCAGGGCAAAGCCUCCACCCAAGGAGACGGAGAGCAUUUCAUCAAAUACGUUCUGCAGGAGCCUCUGUGGCUCCUCAUGGCCAACGCUGACGACAAAGUCAUGAUGACAUAUCAAAUGCCGUCCAGGGACAUUCAGAGGGUUCUGAGAGAAGACAAGGAGCGGCUGAGACAGAUGCAGAAGAGCCAGCCGCACUUCACCUCCGACCAGCGGAGAGAACUAGUGGAGGAGCACCCCUGGAUGAGGAGGGGGGGGCUACCGUCUGCUAUCAAUGUGAAGGAGUGUGUGUACUGCAAGGACACCACGGCGGCCCCCAUCGAGGAGGACCUGCCCCACAUGGACAUGGGCGAGCUGGGCGAGGAGCUGAACGAGGAGGGCCAGAACGCCCCGAGCCAAUCAGAGCAGCCCCAGCCUCAGCCAGAGAGUGGCUCCUGAACACACCACCAGCAGGGGGACACACUCGACCAGCCAUGGACCCACACAACACACACACACACACACACACAUUGUGGAUGUGAGACAAACUUCUGUGUGCCUGAACAUCCUCAAAAAAACACUCAAACACAGCAGAAACUCGAAAAAAGCCGAACUCUGUGUUGCCAUUGUGGUGAAUCUGAGGAUGUGAGUCCAUGUGUGUGUGUGUGGAGGACUGCUGCUGAAGUGCAGUUCCUACUCCGCCCUCCAGGGGGCAGCAGUGCUGUAUGAGCGUCUCUGCAUGCAGGACCCUCAUAUAGGACUCUUGCCAGCUCACACACACACACUUGCCUGAACGAUCCGGGGCCCAGUUCGUGUUGUUGGUGACCAGUAAACCUCUUUGUCGGAGGCGGAGCUUAACAGCAACACGAGCAGUUAUUAUUCUAAAGAGUUAGUGGGCAUCUUAUAAAUAUAUUUGAUGUUAAAGAAGUUUAUUUUGACUAAAUAAUUGUUAAUUAACAGUUGGAAAAAUUGUUAUCAACAAGCAGCACGCCUUUGCUGCCAGUCAUAAUGUUUGUGUUUUUUGUUUGUUUGUUUGUUUUGCCACAUUAUCCCACCCAGGUCCCUCAAACCCCCCCUUUAUAUUCCCAUUUUUAAUAUAGGCGUGUUUCCAUGAGGUAUUUUCCCUCUAAUGAGCCGCUAACUGCUAACUAGUUGACGCUAUUUGGAUACAAACUGGUUGAUAGUAGCUGUAUGGGAACAGAGGCCGAGGGGAACUAACUUUACAAUAAGUACUCAGUGGAAACACGCCUUAUAUAGAAGAGUUGUGGUGCACCCUGGGUAAUGUAGUCCUGCUCGGUGCAGGGACCUCCCCUCUGGGUUAUAUCAGUGGUUGCAUCUCACUCAGCAGCCAGGAGAAAGACAGGAAGGCUGAUUUCAUCAACAGUGACAAUCUGAUACAUUUUACUACUUAAGUAUCUUAUUUAUUUUCUACCAGAUAAUAUAUCUUGAAUAAAUAGUUUGAAGCUAAAGCCAAAUACUCUCAGCUAAAAGACAGUGUCUAAAAAACAGUUUACAAGCAUUGACAACAGACUCUAUAGGAUAUUAAAGUCACUUUACUCUGACAACAAUAAAUAAAUAGAUAAAACCUCAAGGUGUUGUAGCCCUCUGCAGACCUUCAAACAGCACAGGUGCUAUGAGAAAAGGUGGUGUCAUCGCAGAUUAAGAGGUUAAGAGGACACUGGUUAUAUUUCUUACUGCACAUCAAGGUCAAAGCUGAAAAUGUAUUUUUUUUAAAUUGUAUUUAAAACUAACAAGGUCGGUGGGAAAAGCAUUUCCCUGUCACCCCACAGUUCUAUCUUUAAAUGGUAUACUUUAAGGGAGUAUCCAUGAACAUUGUAACGUUCUUUUCCUCUCAAUAUGGUGCAGCUCUACUAAAAAAAAAUGUCAUUUUUAGAACAAAUCAGUGGGGAUUUUUACAUUGUUAUGCAUUUUGUACAAUAUUGGCAUAUUUUAGGCACUGCCAAAAGGAGGAGGAGGAGGACAGAUUCCUGACUCAUUUAACAGCUGUUGGUCAAAAUGUUGUUAAUUUAAAAAUCAGCACUUAUAAUAGGAAUAUGGAUUACAUUUGUAGCAGAUAAGGGGACCAUGUUGCCUCAGGAAACCGGUGACAUGCAUGCAUCUGCAAGCCCCCUCGUCAUCUAACGAAGUAUUAAGGAAAAGCUGUGAUCCACUGUGAUGUUGUCAAAGUAUAAACAGGAGAAGUGGGAACAUCUCUGGUGCUACGGCAGAGAAACAGAAACUGUCGAGGCAGGGCUUGUGAAUGUAACACAGACUGGACCAAGACCAUCUCUCUGGUUUGUUUUCAGGAUUUUCUUGUUAAUUUCUUGUCAGAUUUGUUUUUUAUCGUUCUAUUUUUCUAUUUUUUUUUUUUCUUGUGUAUUUUUUUUUUUUUUGGUCGAAGCUAAGAGCUUUUUGAGUGUCAGUGGGGACAGACCCUACCUCUAAUAAAACCCAGGUCAUGUUACUGUAAGCAGAACAUUAGCAUGUGUUAGCAUGCGGGCUAAGCGCAAUGGACAGAGCGGUCAGAUACUUUAGUGAUUCCGGUGAUUGGCGGGCGGCUCGUACAGAGUCUCUGCUGCGUCACCACUUCUAGCUAACUGCAGUCUGUCUUUUGUCUCUUUUUCUGUGGACGAUCUCUUGAAUGGCGCCUCCAACGCCCACCUGUGUAUAAACCAUGAAAGCAAGAAUGAAUGUGGAGAGUAAACCAGAGAAUAUUUAAACCUUAUUUUCUCAUAAGGCCUUGCACAGACUGGUGGGCUGUUGGAUUCACCCGGUACUGGCACAUGAUGUCGUGUGUGGUCAUGUAAAUUUGUUUCAAUGCCACUGUAUCAGUAUGUGGUAUCAUAUACUAGCACACUUCUGUGCAUUUUUGUAGGUGAGGAAAUGUGUUUGAGAAGCGAUGUUGUAAUAAAAAUACAGAAAUGUAA